AUGGCUGCUGACGAGCUAGUAAGGGAGCCGGAGACUCCGCUUCACGCGGAGCCUAAUGAACAACUGGAUUUGAACGCUGUGCAGGAGCUGGAUGAACAGGAUAUUGCAGACCUUGAUCUGGGCCCGACUUUCGACGAAAGUCUGCCCCCGAGCGCGAACGCAAGUUCUGUACGGCUGCACGACGCGCAGUUCGAUAACGCAAACGACUUUAAACCGAGGAUAAAUGUUGGUUCGCCCUUCUCCUCCUCUUUCGCUGAGACAAACAGCAAGGGUAAUAGCGGGACAGGGGCGCCCCCAGUCAUUAGGAGAAGGCUGUCGAUGUCGCAACAGUCCAAGUUCAUCAGCUACGUGGACCAAAGGUUUAUGGACAUCCAGAGAAAAUUUGUGCAAUCAAGAGGGCUGAAUAACAAGACUGGUUACAAAUCUCUCGACGCGCUCUUGAGGGACAUCAAAUCUUUGAUCGAUUUUAUAUGGUACUCCAUCGAUAACGAACCGAAUACAGACAGUCUGUUGCAAUUGGAUGCCAACGAGAACGACGACAACGAGAACGAGGGGGAUGGCGGGAACUCCAGAAGAGACCACAGUUCCGCUCUACACAACCACUCCCCUAACCAGUCUUCCGAUUCAGGGUUUGGCCAAGCAUCGUACCUCAUAAGGAUAGCGGAUGACAUGCUCGAUUACAUUGAGAAAUUCCAUAUCGACGCCACUGACCAUCUGACCAUAUCGAAAGUGUUCAAGUUGUUCUUCAUAAUGGAUAGGAUAUUUGUCAAGUUAAUAAAUGGCGUCACCGCAAACAACAUAAAACUCAAUAAGACUGACAUGAUUCGGUUUUCAGGAAUCGCUCAACGAUCGAGGGUCAAGUUGCCCAUAUAUUUUGAAAAGCUUGGUGUCCAAGGGUACCACUACGAACUGAGUAAAAUAUACGAGGAGAGUUUGGAAAUGUGCACAUGCUCGUAA